ACUAGUGCCAACUAAUAGUACAGUAAAGUAUAGUUAAUAUUAUUAAUUAUUAAGUAAUCCACUUACUUAAUUGAGUAAUCAAUAAGUUAACAACUAUCAUGUCAACUCAGACAUAUAAAAAGCAAGAUGCUUAUGCCAGUACUUCGGGACUUCCCGAUAAAAUGGCCAUUUUUCAAGAAUGUCUUCAACAAUUUAAUGCAUCACCAGUUAAUGCAAAGAAGUGUCGACAAUUAUUAGCUAAAUUAUUAAGAUUAAUUUAUUAUGGAGAAUCCUUCCCAUCUCAAGAAUCUACAACGCUUUUCUUUUCAAUUUCUAAAUUAUUUCAACAUAAAGAUCUGUCAUUAAGACAAUUAGUUUAUUUAACUAUUAAAGAAUUAUCUUCAACUUCUGAUGAUAUUUUAAUGGUAACUUCAUCAAUUAUGAGAGAUAUUCAAGGAGGUGAUAUUAUUUAUAAACCUAAUGCUAUUAGAACCUUAUCUAAAGUAUUAGAUUCAACUACAGUUAAUGCAGCUGAAAGAUUAUUUAAAAAUGCUAUUGUUGAUAAAAAUCCAGUAAUCUCUUCUGCUGCAUUAAUUUCAUCUUAUAAUUUAUUACCAAAUGCAAAAGAUGUUGUAAAAAGAUUUACUAAUGAAACUUUAGAAAGUAUUCAAUCUCAUAAACAAUUUCCAAGUAAUCAAUUUCAAUUACAUGAAUUUUAUGGAAGUUCAACUUCAAAAUUACCUACAACAUCUUAUAUGUAUCAAUAUCAUGCAUUAGGUUUAUUAUAUCAUUUAAGAAAUCAUGAUAAAAUGGCUCUUAUGAAAUUAAUUACUACAUUAUCUGAAGGUUCAGCUUUAAAGAAUUCUUUAUCAAUUAUUCAAUUAAUUAGAUAUAUUAAUAAAAUUUUAUUAGAUGAUGAAUCAUUAAUUAUUCAUUUAUAUCCAAUUUUAGCUGGAUUUUUAAAACAUAAAUCAGAUAUGGUUGAAUUAGAAGCCAGUAAAACUUUAGUUAGUUUACAACAUUUAAUUAAAGAUGAUCAAUUUAUGUCAAUUAUUACAACUUUACAAAAAUUAUUAGGAGUUCCAAGAACGGCUACAAGAUUUGCAGCUAUUAGAUUAAUUAAUAAAAUUUCAACUAAACAUCCAGAAAAAAUUAUUGUUGUAACUGCUGAAUUAGAAGAAUUAAUUAAUGAUGCUAAUAGAUCUAUUUCAACUUUAGCUAUUACAACUUUAUUAAAAACCAUGGGAGCUGGUACCAUUGAUAGUGGAUCUGUUGGUGGAGAAAGUGUUGAUAGAUUAAUUUCUAAAAUGACUUCAUUAAUGGAUGAAAUUACUGAAGAUUUUAAAAUUGUUAUUAUUGAAGCCAUUGAAAAUUUAGCCCUUAAAUUCCCUGCUAAACAUAAAAAAUUAGUAUCAUUUUUAACUGAUCUUCUUAGAGAUGAUGGAACUUUACCAUUAAAAACAAGUAUUGUUGAUGCAUUAUUUGAUUUAAUUAAAUUUUUACCUGAUGCUGGUGCAAAACAAUUAAUUUUAAUGAAUUUAUGUGAAUUUAUUGAAGAUUGUGAAUUUACUGAAUUAUCAGUUCGUAUUUUACAUUUAUUAGGUGAAGAAGGUCCUCAUACUUCUAAUCCAUCUUAUUAUAUUAGACAUAUAUAUAAUAGAUUAGUAUUAGAAAAUUCCAUUGUUAGAUCAUCAGCCGUGAUUUCAUUAGCAAAAUUUGCUGCUAUUUGUGGAGGAGAAAUAUCAAAAAAUAUUCAAAUUUUAUUAAGUAGAUGUUUAAAUGAUAUUGAUGAUGAAGUUAGAGAUAGAGCAGCUUUAUCAUUAAAAUUUAUUGGAGGAAAUCAUAAAAAUUUAAUUGUUAAUGAAUCAAAAUAUGAUUUAAGUGCUUUAGAAAAUAAAUUAACUCAUUAUUUAAAUGAUGAAAGUAAUUUUAUUAAUAAAUUUGAUAUUAGUGAAAUUCCAAUUAUAAGUAAUGAAGAAUUAAAAUCUAUUGAAUAUAAUAGAAAGAUUAAUAGAUUAGAUUCUUCAACCACUGAUUCAGCCGAUAUAACUGAAACAAUUGAUAAGAGUAAAGAUAAUGAUAAAUCUAUUGGAGAUAGUGUUUCAAAUGAUUUAUUAAAACAACAAGAAUAUGCUCAAGAAUUAUCAACAAUUCCCGAAUUUUCUAAUUAUGGUAAAUUAUCAAAAUCAACUAUUACUCCAAUUUAUUUAACUGAAAAGGAAAAUGAAUUUGUAGUUACUGUGGUUAAACAUUUCUUUAUUGAAUCAAAAAAAUUGGUAUUACAAUAUAAUAUAACUAAUACUUUACCUAGAUCAGUAUUACAAGAUAUUUCAGUUAUUGCUCAACCUGAUAAUGAAUUAUAUGAAGAAGAUUUUAUAAUUCCAAUUAAUGAAUUAAAACCUGAUCAAAAUGGUAUAGUAUAUGUUUCAUUUAGUACUCCAACUAUUGAAGAUGGAGAUAUUCUUGUGGCAUUUGGUAAUACCGUAGCUUAUACUAAUAAAGAUAUUAUUGAUGAAGAUGGUAAUGUUGAUCCUCGUGAUGAUGGAUGGUCUGAUGAAUAUCAAAUUGAUGAUUUAGAAGUUAGUGCCGGAGAUUUUGUAACUCCAUUAUAUAAUUCUAAUUUUACUGCAUUAUUUGAUCAAUUAGAUAAUUAUGAAACUUCUGUUGUUACAAUAUCAGGAACUGAUACUUUAGAAAAUGCCGUAACAAAAUUAAGAAAUUCAUUAAAUUUAUUACCAUUAGAUGGAUCAGAUUAUGUUCCAAGUGAUUCGACAUCUCAUAUAUUAAAAUUACUUGGUAAAGAUGUUUGGGGUGGUAAAGUUGUAGUACUGGCUCGUUUAGCAGUAACUGGUGGUAAAGUUGUUGCCAAACUUGAAGCAAAGUCUGAGACUGAAACUUUUAGUAGUAUUAUAACUGGAGGUGCCUACUAAUUAUUAAGUAUUAAGUAUUAACUAUAAGUUGUUUAUAAGUUGUUUAUAUGUUUUCUUUCUUUCUUUCUUUAAUAAAAGCCAUUUAUAUUUAUAUUAA